GGCCCACACUCACACACGGCCUGCAAAAUAAAAUAGUAAAAAUAUAUAUACACAACAAUUCCAGCAGCCGUCGACACGCAUAACAUAUGCCAUGGAUGUCAGAACUAAAACCGGAUAACUGACUAAAUCAAUAUAAAACUUCAUACAUACAAAAACAUUAAACUAAGCAAUAUUUAAUUUGGUUGAGUGAAAUUCGCAAGAGAAAUGCAAUUAUAAAGUUCUUAAGGUUGCGAAAAUAAAAACAAAAAACGUGAAAGUAAAUAAUCGCUGAACUAAAUAAAUCGAAUUAAACCACGAUUAAAGCAAUUUUGUAAUUAUAAAAAAGACAAAACAAACGGAAAAUAAUAUUAACUUAAUAAUGGUAAUGGAAAACGCAAGAGUAAACAUUUUAAGCCAGUUGUAAAUAUUAUUAAUGUCAUUAAACAUAAAAAUGCAUACAUACCAAAAUUCAAAACAAUUUUAAUAUCCAUACAGACUCAAAGAAAAACAAAGAAGUAUUCUAUAUAUAGAAAACUCAUUUCGUCAAUGAUGUUUAAAUUCUCGAUAAGCAACUGAAACGCGCACAAGAUUGAAAGCAAAGAAAUUUUUAAUAAUAGUAAGUUAAAGCAAAAGGACAGCCCAACCACAGCUCAAUUGGCUGAAGAAUUAAUUCGGAAAGUCCUUGAAAAUCUUCGAUUUACUGAAAUUGAAUUAUUCGAUUUAAUUCGAUACAUACAUACGCAUAUUUCAAUAAUCGCAUCUAACUAAAUAAUAAUCGUUAUUGAACUAAAAUUAAUUGCAUUAACAUCAUUACUUAUCAAACGACAAUUUCUGGGAGACAAAUUUGAUAAAAAGUUUGAAAUAAAUAUAACAAUAAGCCAGCAAAACUAAGCAAGUUUAUUACAAAAAUCACUAAAAGGAAUAAUUCUACAGACAAUUAUUCAACACGAUCAGCUCAAUCCUUAAAUGCCAAUUGGAAAGUAUUUUGAUUGCAUGACAAAUGGAGAAGGGGAAAAAGAUACCAUUCAAGUAAUUCAAUAGAAACCAAAUGCUACAAAGCACUGCCAUAUACAAUUGCAACGGAUUGCAUUAAAAGAACUAACAAUUGAAUAGCUCAACAUUUAUAGCGAAACAAUACGAAAAUAUAGAAUAAUAUAGCAACUACUAUACAAAAAUCGGAGACCACAAACAAAUGAGAGAGAAAAGGCAAAACAGGAACAUCAACAGCAAAUUAAGAACUUGUAAGAUGGUAUGAUAUCAUGAAAGCUCCCGUUCUCUCCAAGUGAAAGAAGCCCCAAAAAGAAAGGAAAGGAAGGAAACUUAAGUAUAAACUUGUAUUGUAAGAGAACACAUAAAAAUAAUAGGAAAACGCUCUUCGGGUUGUAAAGAAAAUAAGAAGACAAAAGAAAGACAUAAUAAUGUUGCAAACAAUAAAACAUAUACUUGCCAUAUUGAUAUAAAAGGAAAACGUUAAAAGGCGGUGAAAAUUUCAUAGGAUUAGUAGGUAUUAAGGGCAGCCCAGGCAUAAAAAAUACAAAACACAAAAGAGAAGCCAGCGCCCCCACGCAGAAGGGACAAUGUAAGCUGCAACAGCUGGAUAAGGCCGAAAAAAGUCCGAAAAUUAAAUUAUUGUAAUCUAGUAGAGAGCAGACCACAUAUCCGCUGGCAACAACCAACACCGAAAGAGACUAUGAAAAAUGCACAACUGAAACUGACUGAAGUUGACGAUGAUGAGCUGUGGCUGGCAGUAAGAUUAGCGCACCCGUGCAACAGUAAUAGCAACAGCAGUAGCAGCAGCAGCAAGAGACAAAACCAGCAACUCAACCAACUGCAACCAAGGAGCUUAAGUACAAAACACCACAUCAACAUUGCAAACAAGCAGCACAAUAGCCAAGGACAAAAGCCAGCACCAAGAGCGGAAGAUGUAGCCACCCACGUGAGCAGCAAUGACCAGCAGGAACAGCUAGAUAGCAGCAACAUGUUGUCGCCAAAGACAGCCGCAGCAAUUGCUGCCGGCAAUCAAGCAACAACCCAACAACCAACAAACAUAAGACUGUGUGCACGCAAGCGACAAAGAUUGCGUCGCCGACGAAAAAGAAAACCAGCAACCCCAAACGAGGCAGAGGCAGCAACAGCAUUAUUAGCAGCAGCUGCAACAGCAGCAACAUUAGCAGCAGCAACCACUAGCAAUAGCAACAGCAUAAGCAACAGCAACAGCAACAACAACAACAAUCUGCAUCCGACAGCCACCUACAUGCAAUGUCGCACCAUUGAGAACGACCCCAGCAUUCCGAUAUCGAGUCAUGACCUUUCACCGGCCACAUUGGCUUCGAUGUUGCAAGUGCUGCACAUAUUGCUGGCAUCGCUGCAACAGUGGCAACUUCACGUGCAACAGCAAGCGGUUCUCCUGCUCAGAGGGAUCGCAAUCAGCACCACCGCCUUCAUUUCCUAUUUAGGCAGCUUCGCGGCGCAACUGAGGAGCAGUCCCAGUCAAAACAGCAGCAACAGCAGCAGCAGCACGCAAAUAAUUAACGGACUUAAUAAACACUCAUGGAUAUUUUUAUUGAUAUAUUUGAAUUUAUCUGCUAAAGUUUGCCUAGCAGGAUAUCAUGAAAAGAGACUGUUACACGAUCUUUUGGAUCCUUAUAAUACACUAGAACGUCCCGUUCUCAAUGAAUCGGACCCGUUACAAUUAAGCUUUGGUUUAACUUUAAUGCAAAUUAUCGAUGUGGACGAGAAAAAUCAAUUGCUAGUCACGAAUGUGUGGUUGAAACUGGAGUGGAACGACAUGAAUCUGCGCUGGAACACCUCCGACUAUGGCGGAGUUAAGGAUCUGCGAAUACCGCCACAUCGCAUCUGGAAGCCUGACGUUCUGAUGUACAACAGUGCGGAUGAAGGAUUCGACGGCACCUACCAGACGAACGUCGUGGUGCGGAACAACGGGUCCUGCCUGUAUGUGCCGCCGGGUAUCUUCAAGUCGACAUGCAAAAUCGACAUCACGUGGUUCCCCUUCGACGAUCAGCGUUGUGAGAUGAAGUUCGGCAGUUGGACAUACGACGGAUUCCAGCUGGAUUUACAAUUACAAGAUGAAACUGGCGGUGAUAUCAGCAGUUACGUGCUCAACGGCGAGUGGGAACUACUGGGUGUGCCUGGCAAACGUAACGAGAUCUAUUACAACUGCUGCCCGGAACCCUAUAUAGAUAUAACCUUCGCCAUCAUCAUCCGCCGACGAACACUAUACUAUUUCUUCAACCUGAUCAUACCUUGUGUACUGAUUGCCUCCAUGGCCCUGCUCGGCUUCACCCUGCCGCCGGAUUCGGGUGAAAAAUUAUCCCUGGGUGUUACCAUCUUGCUUUCGCUGACCGUGUUUCUCAAUAUGGUUGCCGAGACAAUGCCGGCCACUUCCGACGCAGUGCCACUGUUGGGUACAUAUUUCAAUUGCAUAAUGUUUAUGGUAGCUUCAUCCGUUGUGUCAACGAUUUUAAUAUUAAAUUAUCAUCAUCGAAAUGCUGAUACGCACGAAAUGUCCGAAUGGAUACGCAUCGUGUUUUUGUGCUGGCUGCCAUGGAUACUGCGAAUGAGUCGACCAGGACGACCGCUGAUCCUGGAGUUCCCGACCACGCCCUGUUCGGACACCUCCUCCGAGCGCAAGCAUCAGAUACUCUCCGAUGUUGAGCUGAAAGAGCGCUCGUCGAAAUCACUUCUGGCCAACGUACUAGACAUCGAUGAUGACUUCCGGCACAAUUGUCGCCCCAUGACGCCCGGCGGAACACUGCCACACAAUCCGGCAUUCUAUCGCACGGUUUAUGGACAAGGCGACGAUGGCAGCAUUGGGCCAAUUGGCAGCACCCGAAUGCCGGAUGCGGUCACCCAUCAUACGUGCAUCAAAUCAUCAACUGAAUAUGAAUUAGGUUUAAUCUUAAAGGAAAUUCGCUUUAUAACUGAUCAGCUACGUAAAGAUGACGAGUGCAAUGACAUUGCCAAUGAUUGGAAAUUUGCAGCUAUGGUCGUUGACAGACUGUGCCUUAUCAUAUUCACAAUGUUCACAAUAUUAGCCACAAUAGCUGUACUACUAUCAGCACCACAUAUUAUUGUCUCGUAGCCAUAUGGGCGAGGUGGUUAUUGUUAUUGGUUUUAUUAUAAAAUCAAUUUGUUAAUUAUUAAAUUAAUAACGAAACUUUUUAAGUAAAUUAAAACUAAAAAAACAAAUUAAAAAAAGCACAAAAAAAUAGGAAAACACAUGAUAAAAACCAACCAUUGACUAAAUAAUACAUCCAAAAAAAACUAAAAAAAAUUAAAAAUUCGUCUCUGAAAACACAAUAAUUUAUUUAUAAAACUCUCGUUUAAAAAGUCUUUCAUUAAAUCAAACAGACACUAAAAAGAGACUUAAACCAACAUCAUAUACUAAAAAAAAAACGUUAAAAACUAACUAAUUCCAAUUUUCCUAAUUCUAUACAAAAAAAUCUACAUAAUGGUAAAUCCAAGAAAUCCCCUCACUUCCCCGCAAGCCCCCACAAGCCAGUAUCUAUAUUUCUUCCAUUGAAUAUAUAUAUAUACAUAUAUGUUUGACAAGCAAGCAAAACGGGUAUAUUUUCUUUUUAGAUUUUAUAUUUUAUAGAAUAAGCGAGGCGUUUUCAUACGAAAUAGUCACAUGGGUUUUCGAAACAUUUUUUUUUGACAGACUUCAACGGGAAUUGUAGUAUUUCAAAGGCAAAUUAAAAGCAAAAACCAAACCCAACCCUUUUUGGAAGACUUCGAUUUGUGAGCUUUAUUGUAGAAAAUGUAGAUGAGAAAUUUGCGAAUAUAUGAAUAUGAAAACCCAACGUUUUAAGAUCUACAGACGGACAACUAAAUUUUGUAUUCUUCUUCAGAAUUGAAGUCAGUCCAGGGAUUUGUUUCGAGCAACUUUUUGCUAACAAUUAGUACCUAGGCCACUUAAGAGAUUCCGCCACAUUCCCCCUCUCUCUAUCUCUCUCUAGACGAAAAUGCAUUUCCAAAAACAAAACAAGUAAACAAAAAAAACAGAACCAAUUAACCCUACAUAUCCUACAUACUGUGUAACUAGCUCCCUCUCUCCCCCUAAACUUUUCUUAAGUUGAACGUCUAAACCAAAUGAUAAAUCCAAAACCAAACCGAAACCCCUUAAAUCUUACCAAAACCAAUAGAAUAACCAAUCUGAAUUGGAAUUAAGAAAAUUCACUGGAAUAUAACAUUGAAAAUGGAAGAAUCAAAACAAAGCAAAUGAAAAGAUGAAAAGAGCGAAUAUAUAAGAAAAUAAUUGAGAAGAGGCACAGCAGGUAAUGAUGAGCCCAGAAUUGCGUUCAGUAAAUGAAAUGCAUCCGAAGGACUGCAUUUCAUGUUCACUGGCGUUGCACGAGGAAAUGAAUUUAUAAAAUUAAAUGGUUGCGAGCAAUAAUAUCUGCGUGUUGAUGAAUUGCAUGAUUUUUUGGUGAUGCAAACGAUGAUCGAUCGAACUAUUGCGCGAGGUCAACGACAGAGGGCAAGAGUUCGCUCCUUCAGCGCAUUGAGAACAGCGAAACUCUACACAAUCUAACUUUCGGUAUUGAUUUCAUUUAAUUUUGCAUUUCCUUUGUUUUAUUUAUGAUUUUGAAAUACUAAAAGUUAAGGUACGACACCAGAAAGCAAUUCAACACAGAAAACAAUCAAUUGGAAAUGAGGCAAAACCAACAGAGAACAGUACUCGAGAUUUACCAAUAACAAUGAACAUCACAAGACCCUAGAACACGUAACAUGCCGGUGCAUGGGUAAUUAUGUGCUUGCUUUAGUAAUGAGCGCACAAAACAUACUUGAUCAGAGACCACAACAACCAGAACAUAUAAACCAAGGAGCUUUAUACAGAUAUAAUAUAUAUGAUGGAGUUUAGCGUGAGUCAAUCUGACCCAACUUUUCAUAUAUUUGUACCAUACACAAGAUACACACCCACUAACACACACACUCGGUUGUUUGAUGGCCGGUUAAUCCCAAUAUUAUAAUCUUAAAGUAUGUUUCUGUCCGCUUACUAGCCAAGCACACAAUUUCAAGGAAAAAAAAAAAGAAAAAAACAAAACAAAGGAAUACAAGAAACAAAAAUCUUAAAAAUUAACACGGUCUGGGAUUUGGAUUGGGGAAUGCGAAUGGAAAUCUAAGAGAAGAUGAUCUGUUCGGCAUAUUUCCCAAGGAGAACUCAAGCCCAUGACCAAAAACAGAGAUAAAAAGCAAAACUGCGUUGGUCGAAAUUUCACACUGAAUUUUCUUUCCACACAAAAGCAAAGAAAACGUUCGAAAUGGAAUUAGCUUUUUAAUUUUUAAGUUACAGUUAUUCUGCUUCUAAUUGUAAAUCUUGUGCAAUGUAAACAAUCAGAAUUUUUCUUUGAAUAUAAACAAUACGACGACACAACCAAAAAACCAAAACAAAAACAAAAACGAAAACAUAUAGGCCACAGUAAAAUGCAAAAAACCAAAAAAAUUCAAAAAUAAAUAAUGGAAAUAUGAUUAGCAAUUAAACGAUGUCAUUCAAACUAGACUAGGCUACACAGAAACCCAUAAAUUGUUAAGAUUCUAUCCAAAGAGCUAAAAAAUGCGAACUCAACAAAACAUACUAGAAAUAGAUUUACAUACAACAAUAAAUAUAUUUCGAAUAACGAACAAAUCGAACAAAUAGAUGAGGAAAUAUGAAUAUAGAACAAAUUGGUUUUUAUGUGAUUUGGUUAAAGGACACCUUUGAACAUCAAUUUAUAUACAGAAUUUUUAUGCCGAACUAUACAAACUUCUGACUUUUUCUCUUAUUUUUUGGUUAUUUUACUUUUGAAUAGAUCAAAAAGAUUUAUAAAUAAGGUUUAGCUUUUGAUAAAAGAUCCAGAGUGUAAAAUAAUAUGAGAACUUGUUAUAUUUUGAUGAAGGUGAAAUUCUUUUUACAUUUUGUUGUAUGCCCACAAGAGUAGCUUGGAAACCAAUGGAUUUGUGGGGAGUUUUCUCAAUGUUUUUGAUAAACAUAUACGAGUAUAGAUUUGAUUUUGUAUGCUUUUCCAAUGCGAGUGUCAGUGAGAACAAUUAACGAUAGAUUUCAAUCCUAACGCUUAAGAGUAUUAAAGAAAUAAUAAUAGAGAACAUAGCAAACAAGCUGCCAGCAUGAAAAAUAAAAACAAUAACUAAUUUUAAAUCUUUUAUACAUUUCCAUCAAUUGUGCUUAUUUAACACAAAGCAAAGAAAGCAAACCAAAAACCAAAAAGCCCAACUCAAAUAUCUGAUGGCCGUUUUCAAAUAGCAAUCAAUAACUGGAUUAUGUUCAACAUCCACUUAGCUGAAGUUGAACCAAAGUUUUCAUAUAAGCAAUUUUUAAAGAAGAAACGUCACCCCAGUAAAUAAAUAUGAGUACAUAGGAAAUAGUUAAGCUCUCUGUCUGGGCUGAAUUAAUCGGCAACAUUAGUCGAGGCCAUGCAACAGGGCGUUGUAAUGAUGGAGAAUGGAUAUUGAAACUAAUAAAGUUUUAGUUCAUAAUGAGGACAGUUUGGAAAAUAGUUCUUUCAUCAACCAUUAAAUACACAGUUUAUACAUAUGUGUGUAUAUUUACAUGGAUAUAUAUGUGCUUACGUACCAUAUAUACUUCUUUUUACACAGACAAACGAGUAUAUAUAUAUUAAUAUAUAGUAUACUAUGUAAUAAAUUAUAAAAGAAAAUAUUUGAAGCAAAUGAUGAAACUUUUUCCUACAACUAGUUGCAUUUAAAUGAAUUUUAAAAAAUAUACAUAAAAAGUAUAUAUUUCUUAAAAAACAAAAACAAAUGAAAAACAAAAACCAAACUCCUUUCUCUAUUAAAU